AUGAAGAAAAGUCCGGGUCUCUCUGACUACAUUUGGGGCUGGACCCUCCUUCUGAGCACAUUGACUGGAAGAAGCUAUGGACAACCCUCAUUACAAGAUGAACUUAAAGACAACACCACUGUCUUCACUAGGAUUUUGGACCGACUCCUAGAUGGUUAUGACAAUCGCCUGAGACCAGGAUUGGGAGAGCGUGUAACUGAAGUGAAGACUGACAUCUUCGUCACCAGUUUCGGACCCGUUUCAGACCAUGAUAUGGAAUAUACAAUAGAUGUAUUCUUCCGUCAAAGCUGGAAGGAUGAAAGGUUAAAAUUUAAAGGACCCAUGACGGUACUCCGGUUAAAUAACCUAAUGGCAAGUAAAAUCUGGACUCCGGAUACCUUUUUCCACAAUGGAAAGAAAUCAGUGGCACACAACAUGACCAUGCCCAACAAGCUCCUACGGAUCACGGAGGAUGGGACCUUGUUGUACACCAUGAGGCUGACGGUGAGAGCUGAAUGUCCAAUGCAUUUGGAGGAUUUCCCUAUGGAUGCCCAUGCCUGCCCACUAAAAUUUGGGAGCUAUGCUUACACGAGAGCGGAAGUUGUUUAUGAGUGGACCAGAGAGCCAGCACGCUCAGUGGUUGUAGCAGAAGAUGGGUCACGCCUAAACCAGUACGAUCUUCUUGGACAAACAGUAGACUCUGGAAUUGUUCAGUCUAGCACAGGAGAAUAUGUUGUUAUGACCACUCAUUUCCACCUGAAGAGAAAGAUUGGCUAUUUUGUUAUUCAAACAUACCUGCCGUGCAUAAUGACGGUUAUUCUCUCCCAAGUCUCGUUCUGGCUCAACAGAGAGUCUGUACCAGCAAGGACUGUCUUUGGAGUAACAACUGUGCUCACCAUGACAACUUUGAGUAUCAGUGCCAGAAAUUCCCUCCCUAAGGUGGCUUAUGCAACUGCUAUGGAUUGGUUUAUUGCAGUGUGCUAUGCCUUUGUAUUCUCAGCUCUAAUUGAGUUUGCCACAGUAAACUAUUUCACCAAAAGAGGUUAUGCAUGGGAUGGCAAAAGUGUGGUUCCAGAAAAGCCAAAGAAAAUGAAGGAUCCUCUCAUUAAGAAAAACAACACUUAUGCUCCAACAGCAACCAGCUACACACCUAAUUUGGCCAGGGGUGACCCUGGUUUAGCCACCAUUGCUAAAAGUGCAACCAUAGAACCAAAAGAAGUCAAGACGGAAACAAAACCACCAGAACCGAAGAAAACCUUUAACAGUGUCAGCAAAAUUGACCGACUGUCAAGAAUAGCCUUCCCGCUGUUAUUCGGAAUCUUUAACUUGGUCUAUUGGGCUACAUAUUUAAACAGAGAGCCUCAGCUAAAAGCCCCUACCCCACAUCAAUAG